AUGAGCCGACAGUGCUACACCUCCAGCUCCAUCCUGGGCCGGAGAGGCUUCUCCUCGGCCUCCGCCGUGUGCGGGCUGGGCCGCGCCAACGCCAGCACGGCCUCGGCGUGCCAGCCCUCGGGCCGGCGCUGCGGCCUGGGCGGCUUCAGCAGCCGCAGCGUCUGCGACCUGGGCCGGGGGCAGCGCAUCUCCUUCGGGGGCAGCUGCCGGGGGCAGCUCCUGGCCGGGCCGGCCGUGGGGCGCUGCGGGGUGGCCUUCGGCGGGGGCCGCUUCGGCCUGGUGGGCUUCGGCGUGGGCGGCGUGUGCGGCGGCGGCGGCGGCGGCUUCGGCGGGCUGGGCGGCUUCCGCGGCGGGCUGGGAGACGGAGCGGGCGCGGGGGGGUUCGGCGUGGGCAGGUCCGAGGGGAUCCGAGGGGUCAGCAUCCACCCCGAGCUGCUGAAGCCGCUGUGCGUGGGCGUGGACCCCGAGGAGUGCCAAGUGAGGACCCACGAGAAGGAGCAGAUCAAGAACCUCAACAACCAGUUCGCCUGCUUCAUCGACAAGGUGAGGGCCCCCCACCACGUUCCCCGGGGGGGCGGGGUGUCCAUAGGGGCUCCUGCCAGAGGGGAAGGUCAGGGAAUUGUGGAAUGGUACGAGGAUGAGAUCAACAAGCGCACGGCGGCCGAGAACGAGUUCGUGGUGCUCAAGAAGGACGUGGAUUGUCUGUACCUGACCAAGGAGGAGCUGGAGGUGCGGGUGGGGCUCCUGCGGCAGCAGCUGGAGUUCCUCAAGUGCAUCUACGCCGAGGAGAGGGCCCAGCUGGACUGCCAGCUGUGCGACACCUCCGUCAUCGUGCAAAUGGACAACAGCCGCGACCUGGACAUGGAGGGAAUCAUCAAGAGCGUCGAGUGCUGCUACGAGGAGAUCGCCCAGAAGAGCAAGGCUGAGGUGGAGGCUUUUUACCAGACCAGGCUGGAGGAGCUGCACAGCAGCCGGGGCAAGUUCUGUGACGACCUGAGGAACAACCAGAGCGAGAUCGCCGAGCUCAACAGGAUGAUCCAGAAGCUGCAGUGCGAGUCAGACAACGUCAAGAAGCAGAUCUCGGCCCUCCAGACUGCCAUCUGCGACGCCGAGCAGCGCGGCGACUGCGCGCUGAAGGACGCGCGGCAGAAGCUGGUGGACCUGCAGACGGCCCUGCAGCAGGCCAAGGACAAGAUGGCCUGCCUGCUCAGGGACUACCAGGAGCUGCUCAACGUCAAGCUGGCCCUGGACAUCGAGAUCGCCACGUACAGGACGCUGCUGGAGGGAGAGGAGAGCAGGUGGGGGUGGGAGCGGUUUGGAUGCGACGGGAAAAAUCCUGAGGGGGUGGGGGGGGUAAAGGCCGUGGUGAGCGGCGGCGGCACCGUCGGCGAGUGCCGCUCCCUGUCCGGUCUGGGCACCAAAUGCUCGGUGAAGGCGGGCGGGGCGGGCGCGGGGCUGGGGCUGGGCUUGGGCUCUCCCUUCGGCGCCCACGCCGCGGGGUUCAGCGCCCGCAGCGUGGACUGCCUGCCCAAAGUGGGCGGCGGCGGCGGCGGCUUCGGCGCCCGCAGCGCCGUGGGCUGCGUGGGCCGCGAGGUGAUGCCGGGCGUGGUGGAAGGAGCGGUGCAGUGCGGGCCGGCCGUGGGCAACCUGGGGGGGGCCGUGGGCAACCUGGGGGGGGCCGUGGGCAACCUGGUGUGCGGCGGGGUGGAGCAGUGCGGGCCGGGCGCGGUGCUGAUCCCCGGCGCGGGGCUGUGCGGGGCCGCGGGCAGGUUCGGCACGGCCGUGCGCGUGGUCAGGACGAGCCGGUAG